AUGGAACUUCUGCCAAAGAAUUGUGCUGACAAUCUACCCAAAGAAACUGUUGAGGAAGACACAUCUUAUGACAAUUAUUUGCAACCUAAGACAGGUCAAAGUGUUUGCAAAAGUAAUAUUAAAAUUGAACCUAUAACACAAAACUGUGAUGUGAAUGAAAAAUCAGUAUCUAGGGGAAAUGUCUUGUUCCUACAAAGAGGUGUUGAUCAGUUGACUGUCAAUGAUGAGAUUGAGGGAACAACUAUUCAAAGGACUGAAUUGUUGUCAAUGAAUUGUAAUGACCAGCUUCCUGUAAAUGACACAGUUGAAGAAACCAUUUCUGGCGAAAAUAGAUUGCAGCCACGAAUAUGUAGUAUUGUCAAAUUUUCACGAAAGGACAUUAAAAGUGAACCUAUAACACAGGGCUCUGGCAUUGAAUCAGUAUCUGGGGAAAAUGACCAGUUUCCAGGAGAGUGUAAUGAUCAGUUGACUUUCUGUGAUGCAGAUGAUGAAGCUGCCACUCAGAAUACUGAAUUUCUUCUGCCAAAGAAUUGUACUGACCAGCUGCCUGUUAGUGACACAGCUGAGGGGGACAUUUCUCAUGACAAAAGACUUCUACCAAAGAAAUGGAGAUGUGUUUCACAAAGUGACAUUAAAGUUGAUUCUACAUGUACACCACAGAAUUGUAAAUUUGUUCAACCAGUAUUAGGCAGCCGGUUGACAUUAUCACCAAGUACAGUCAAUAUGACAGUUAGCCAUCAAAGAGAUAGCUAUGCCUACAAAACUGGUAUACAUCAAUCGGAAUAUGGUCCCCAGUCUGCAGCCUCAUCUUUUGCAUGUUUUGAUGACAAUUUGGACUGCUGCCAUCAAGAUAUUGAACACAGUUUGUCACAAAGUCAGUGCAUUGAUCGCCUUUCUGUCAGUGACACAAAGACAGAAUCAUCAUUUAGUAAGGAUAAAUUCAUGUAUGUGGUGAGAUGUACGUGUGAUAAUCAUUGUACCACUAGUGACACUAUGGAACAAUCUACAUCUGGGAAAAGCAUAUUACUUGCAGAAAGAUUUAGUGACCGGCUGUCUGCCACUGUGGAUUCAUCAUCUAUUGAAAAUGUAUUUCCUGCAAGAAGAAGUGACUACAUACUGUAUGUUUCUGGCACGACUGGAGAAUUAGUAUCUGGAGAAAAUGACCAAUCAGAAUCAGUAUCUGGGGAGAAUGUCUUUUUGUCACAAAGUGGUGUUGAUCAGUUGACUGUCUGUGAUGCAACUGAGGAAUCAGUCACACUGAAGACUGAACCUUUAUCAUUAAAUUGUGCUGACAAACUACCUGUCAAAGACACAGUUGAAGAAGCCAUUUCUCAUGAGAAUGGAUUGCAACCAACAAGAUAUAGAGGUAACAUUAAAGUUGAACCUAUAACACAGAACUGUGAUGUGAAUAACGAAUCAGUAAGUGGUGUGGAUCAGUUAACUGUUCGUGAUGAGUCAAAGGGAUUACCCACUCAGAAGACUGAAUUGCUAUCAAAUGAUUGUGUUGACCGGGUUUCUGUUGAUGACACAGUUGAAGAAACAAGCAAAUCUGAUAGGCAACAAUCUGCAUAUACUACCUCCUCUACACAUCUUGAUAAUCGUUUGAACAGCUGCCAGCAAGAAAGUUGGAUAUCUGAUUUAAAGGAUGAAUCACAUACUUCUAUGCUUCUGAAAGAAUCUGCUAUGAGUGUGCAUCCACCAACUCAACUACAAAUAAGAAAAGAUCAACAAGUUGACAGUUUUGGUAAUAAUGGAGAAAGCUAUGAUGUUGACAGUGACUGUGUUGAUUCCGUGGAGGAUCCUGAUUUUAUACCCAGCAGUUUUGAGGUUGUUAAUGCCGUGUCACGGUUAAGUUGGUCAAAUGAGACAAAUGGUAUAGAGACAAAAGUAUGUGGUCUCCCAAAGAAAACGGAUGAUCCAGACAUCCAAACACAUUUUUGCAGCAAAGAUACCCUCCCGAAUUCACAGAAUCAAAACCCAGAAGACAUGCAACAAGUUGUGGUGUCUGCAAUACAAUCACAUGAUUCCCUGUUCAAGAAGGCUUCACACACGGAUAUGCAUCAUUUUAAGAAAAAAUCAAAGAAAUUAAAGUCACAAUCAUCUUCAGUUCCGAAUGGUGUUGUUGUUCUUACAUCAAAUAAUACCAAUGUUAAAAAAGUGUGGGAUAAACCUCUUUACUGUCCUUAUUGUAGGCGGAAGCUAGCUGGAAAGUUAUCGAGACAUUUGGCACUAAAACACAGAGAUGAACCCGAAGUCUGUUGUGCUUUGAGCCUUUCAAAAGGAAGUAAAAAAAGGAAAUUGUGUUGGCAAAAGCUGAUAAACAAAGGAAACCAUUUGCAUAAUGUUGAAGUGCUAGAGAAAGGAAGGGGAUACAUCAUUCCUUACAAGAGACCACCAUUUCGUAUUGCUGCCAGGGAAUACAUUCCAUGUCCAGCUUGUAUUGGCUACUUCAUUAGAAAGAAUCUUUGGAGGCAUCACAAAGAAUGUUCUGUCCGACUUGCGGAACAGGAGACAUGUGACACAAGUGCUAACAAAGAAGUGCUAACAAAGAAGUUGAAGUCAAAAUCUGGGUCGUCAUCAUCUUCAACUCAAAAUGGUGUGGUUGUUUUAACAUCAAAUAAUGACAGUGCAAGAAGAGUGUGGGAUAAACCUCAAUACUGUGUCUAUUGUAAGCAGAAGCUAGCUGGAAAGCUACCAAGACAUUUAGAAGUAAAACACAGUGACGAGCCUGAAGUACACUUUGCUUUAAGCUUUCCAAAAGGAAGCAAAAAAAGAAAAUUGUCUUGGCUAAAGCUCUCAAACAAAGGAAACCAUAUACAUAAUGUUGAAGUGCUGGAGAAAGGAAGUGGAUAUCUCAUUCCUUGCAAGAGACCACAAUUUCAUGUUGCAGCCAGUAAAUACAUUCCUUGUCCAGCAUGUUUUGGCUACUUCAUUAAAGGAGAUCUUUGGAAGCAUUACAAAGAAUGUCCUAUUAAACUAUCAGAAUGUAAAACAACUAAUACAAACGGCCGUAGGAUACAAGCGAAAGGUGCAAUGCUACUGCCUCAGAGUGGAAAUGUAAGUAAGAGCUUUAAGGAACAAGUACUUGCUGCAAUGAAUCAGGAUGAAGUCACCAUUGCAUUAAGAAAUGAUGACUUAAUAGUAAAGUAUGGAACACUUGAAUACAAGAAAGUUGAUCCUCUCUCAGAAAGGCUCCUAUUUGUUAAACAAAAACUUAGGUACCUUGGAAGACUUCUGUUGAGCAUUAGAAAUAUAGUAAAUGCCCCAAUAUCUUUAAGGGAAUGCAUCCAUCCGUCAAAAUUCCAGAUGAUACAAACAGCUGUACAAGAUAUAAGUGGCAAUGAUGCAAGCAAGCCGGGUACCAAACAGUCUAUAGUCGUUAAAAUAGGAUAUGGUCUGAAGAAAUGUGCUACCAUUUGCGAGGUUGAUGCAAUUAAGAGUGGAAAUAGUGAAAAUGAAAGAGCUGCCAAUGAGUUUCUGAAACUCUGUGAUAUGGAAUGGUUGCAUAAAAACAGCAUGCAUGCAUUACGACCAGCAGCAGAUUCUAAGCUCAGUUUGAAAGAUCAAGAUAAAAUUCGAAUGAAACAAAAUUCAUGCAAGCAGUUAUCCAAAAAGAAAGCAACAGAUCAGAAAAAACGGAAAGUACUGGGUGUUCGGGUACCUUGGAGUGCUAAGGAGAAGGCCGCUGUACAGAAAUAUUUCAAAACUCAUAUCUUAUCGGAUAAAAUUCCCAGAGCGCACGAAUGUGAAGAUGCUAGGAAGCAAUACCCAAUUCUUUGUGAUAGAUCAUGGAGAUGUAUAAAUAUAGCCUAA